CACAGCCAGCCAGCCAGCCCGCCAGUCUGCCCGCGGACACCACCACCACCACACGCAUCACCACUAUCAUCAUCACCACCACCACCACCACCACCACAGCCCGGUUGGGAGAGAAACUUCGGUGGAGGGAAGGAAAAAAAUAUGCCUUUCUUCUCUCCUUCCUCAGACAAGAUGUGAGAGAGGAGAGAGACAGGGAGAGAGAGACAGAGAUAAAUUGAGAGACAGAAAAGAGAGAUAGACAGUGAUACAAAAAGGAGAUAAUUUUGAAUGACCAUAUAAAGAUUGUGUUUGUGCGUGUGUUUGUUUUUUUGUUUUGUUUGUUCGUUCGUCCGCCACUUGUCAUGACUUCGUUAUUUCAAAGACUGGUGAUGGUGGCAGCGAGCGCCUGGUGUGCGGGCGUGGUUGCGGGCGCCAGCCAGCGCCUGGUGGUGGAGCAGGGCGGCUACGCGCGCCUCAUGGCUUCCCCACCGCCCCUGGCUGACCUCACGCUGGCCGCCUGGGUCAACGUGACGGCCUUCCCAGAGGGCAUCGCCCCCAUACUCACGCUGGUGGCCCCCGACGCACAGUCCCAGACAGCAUUCUUCCUGCGCCACGACGGCGUGGGCGUGCUGUGGGGCGGUCCCUCCGGCGUACCCGCCCACCCCCUGGAUCGCGUGGAUCGUCACCCACGCACACGCUGGGCGGCGGCACCCUCCCGACACAGGCGCGAGGCCAUCGACUACAGCCGUGGCCUGGGGGACAUCGUGGACCUGCUGGCGGACCCUCGCAGCGGCCGCUCCUACGACAAGUGGUCGCCCUACGGCUUUGUUGACGUGGACCAGAUGGGCGUGGAUGACCUGCAGGCCGCCCCUUCCAGCCUGUCUGAGGGCCUGCACAUCCUGCCGGUGCGGGAGGGCGUGGCGCGUUCAGAGUCGUACAGUGACUGGACCAACGUGCCCUACGAGCUCACCAUGCUGGAGAGCGGCCGCCCCACGAUCAUCACGGAGCCCUCGGGGGCUGACGACUUCGUGUUCUUCAACUGGAACGUGCCGCCCGCCGCGCCGCAGACCAUCCCCGAGUCCCCCAACCAGUGGUCCCCCAUCUGGCGCGACAAGACACCGCGCCCCCUGCCCAAGACCCGGGCCAAGGCGACCCCCAAGACUGAGGUGCCCGCCCCCCACACCGACAGGCCCGGGGGCUGGAGCUCCCAGGUGGAGGAGGUCAAGCUGGAGCUGAGCGGCUGGCGGCCCCAGCCCAUCCUGGGCCCCGUGGUGGUGACCCCGCCCCGCCCCGCCGACCCACCCGCCGCGCCCAUCCUCAGGCCCUCGCCCCAGCCCGGCCAGUCCCGCCGCCCCGCCCCCACACCCCACCCCACCGCUGCUCCCACCACCACAACCACCACCACCACCACCACCACCACCACCACCACAGAGUUCCCCACCACAAAGGCCACCACCAAGGGCAAGCCCACCACCACCUCCCCCAAGCGCCCCGCCGCGAUCACCACCUUCCGUACCACGCGCCCCAUCUCCGACCCCUCCCCCUUCACCCGCUACACCACCCGCAGGUUUACUGCCGCGCCCACCACCACCCCCUCUCGCAAGACGCGCCCCACCGUGCCCGCCUCGCGCCAGCCCCCGAGGAUGCCCCUGUGGAAGCUCAUCAAAAACCCCGGCAUGGCGCACCACCACGCCGCCACCAAGCCCAAGAUCCCAGCCUUCCCCGCCACCACGCCGCCCCUCCCCACCACCACCACUACCACCACCGCGAGACCCAGCACCACCACCGCAAGACCCACCACCACAAGACGCACCACCACCACUCCCUUCACCACCCCUACCACCACAACCACCCGCGCUCCUCAAACCACGCCAGCCACAACCACCCGCGCCACCACCCGCAGGCCGCCCGUCCCUCGCCCGCCGCCCACCACAGACAAGCUGCACGUGGGCGGCCAGAAGUCCAAGGUGUCGGUGUGGUCGACGCGCAAGCCCGCGCCACGCCCCGACAAGUGGUCCAGCGACGCCAGCAUCGCGCCGCGCCACGUGCAGGAGUUCCGGCGCGCCAUGGAGCGAGCCCAGGCGGUGCGUGACGGCGACACCGCAGUGGUGUACUCCGUGCCCAUCACCGACGUGGAGGCCUUCAACGCCAUGUACCGCCAGUACCAGCAGCAGGAGACGCGCCACCCCGCUGCGCCCUCAGAGGACGAGGACAACCCUAACCGUCUGAGCGACGACCUCGGCCUGCUGCCAGACUACCAGGAGACCGUGGCCCCCGCGGUGUUGCGGGAGGAGGAGGCGGUGCUGGCACCCACGGAGGAGCCCCUGCCGCCCACCCCACCUCGAGGCUCGGCGGUGGUCACGGAGGGACGCCCACCCUCCAUCAGUGAGCCCACGCCCCCGCCACCUACCAAGCACUGGCCACACUUCACUGGGGCCAGCCGCGGCGAGCUGCGCGGCGACCAGCGGCCCCCCGUCACCCACUACCAGCCAUCCCCCACUCGCCUGCCCCUCAGCCCCACGACCCACGCUCCGCCCCCGCCCACGACCACCAGACGCCUUGUGACAAAGCCUACCACCACCACCACCACCACCACCACCACCACCACCACACGGCCUCCACCCACCACGCCUGCUUCCCCCGACCCAGCCACCCUCCCUCCCCGGGUGUUCCCCGCCUACACCCCCAUAGUCCGCCUCCCUCCCCAGGAGCACAGCCCGCCGGCUGUCUCCUCCUCCUUUGCUGUGUUCCACGAGCCCGAGGCGUCCCUUGCCCUGCCGGCAGUGCAGGAGUCAGGCGUGCCCGCCUCCCACUACCAGGAGGCGGCACCGCUGUUCCUGGAGCAGCUACCGCCCCAGUACAUCAAGCCUGAGGACCUGCCGCGCCCGCUGGCUACCACGCGCCGCGAGGACGCCGAGCGCCUUGAGGAGCUCAUCUUCAGCGCUGACCCGGAGGAAUUGCUGCGCCGCGGCCUGCUGCCUCGCCCCGUGCACUACGUCAGCACCCAGGACGAGGCCAACCAGUGGGUGCAGCAGCAGUACCAGAGCAGGGGCGGCGCCUCCCAGGAGCCUCCUCUGCCUGCCGCCAACAUACUAUCGCGGGAGGAGCCUAAGACCGCCCCACGCCAGGACGGAGGCUUCCACUUCAAGAAGCUGCCCUUUGACUUCCGCCCCAACGAGUGGUACCACGUGGCCUUCAGCUGGAGCAGCCGCGACCACCAGGCGGCGGUGCACAUCAACGGGCGCCUGGUGGGCACGCUGAGCGGCGUGCUAGCGGGGCGCGAUGCGCUGCCUGGCGGCGGCCUCACCGUGGUGGGCCACACGCUACUGCCUGACCUCACAGACUUCGAUCCCACCUCACACUUCCAGGGCGAGAUCAGCGAGCUGAGCGUGUGGGACGCGAGGCUGGACGAGGCGCAGGUGCAGGACGUGUACCGCUGCGGCCCCCCGCCCCCUGCCACUCCCGCCCUCGACUGGCACCAGCUCUCCAUGAGGUUCUACGGCGAGGUGUCCCUGCGCACGGGCGAGGCUCUGUGCGGGGCAUGAGGCGGGCAGUACCCCACUCCCCCAACAGGUGCCCGGUGAAGCAGUGAGUGUGUGCUCGUAGCGUUACUGCCCCGCCCCGCCAGACAACGCUGGGAGCGGCGGUGCCCUGACUGGACUCUGUGCAGGCACACAGUUCAGUGCCGCUCUGCGCGGGGCUGCUUCCAUCACUUCUGACUCAACGCGCCGCCCCUCGGGCCCCGGGGCGGCGCGGCGCGGACACCACGGUGGGGCUGAGUGGGUAUGGCGCGCUGUGCUCCCUUGUCGGUGACGCGGAAUGGCCCUGCGCGGCUCUCACAACCACCAUCACCAAGGAAGCAUUGCGGCGUCCCUCAGCUACGCCCCCAUCCGCCACCCAGGUUGCGUGGCUGAUGGGGGCGGUGCUGCACCCUCGCGCCCCCUCGGUGUUUCUUCACACUUGUUUACUUGUUAAGCAUUAGUUACUAUUUAUACCCGCCGCCUCAGCCUCGCCCUGCUGUCCCGCCUCUGCGUGUGUGGCCUGGCGGGCGCCUCUCUCAACACCACGCACUGCCUCCCAUCCCUCCACCCUCCAGGCGACACCCCUCAUCUGCAUCCCCAUCACAUCACUCCUCGUAUCACUGCCAUCUUCACGCAUCACAACAGCCUGCCCUCCCCUCCCUCCCUCCUUCCCUCUCUCGUCACGCUGUAGAGUUUAGUUCAUGUUUUGCUCAGAGAUGUAUCGGAUGUCUGCAUUCACGGACACAAGAAUGCCAAGUGUGUACAUGUGAAUGUGGAUACAAGAAUAAAUAAAUAAUAAAUAAUAAAUAAAUAAAUAAAUAAAUAAAUAAAUGUUUUCUUUUUCAUAUAAAUGCGGACAUCUGAUACAUCUCUAUUAAUUUUUGUUGUGGCAUACCCGUGUGUUCUCUCUCUCUCUCUCUCUCUCUCUCUCUCUCUCUCGAAGGAAACUUUCUUUUUGAUAGUGUCUCCUUAAAAUUAUUGUACUUCACAAUUUUGUACAUCGCAUCUGUCCUUUGUUAUUGUGUCUCCUUUCAAAUUAACGUACUUCACAAUUUUGUUUACCGCAUCUGUCCAUUCCUUUGUUAUUGUGUCUCCUUUCAAAUUAUCGUACUCUCCUUCACAGCUUUGUACAUCGCAUCUGCCCUUUCUUUUGUUAUUGCCCCCUUUUCAGCUCCCACGUGUACAUAGAUGUCCUCUUCUCAAAGUUCACCAGGGCAGAAUUGAAUAAAAAUUGGUGUGAUCCUUGAUUUGAAAUACACUGAUAGUAAAGUAUGUUUGGAGUUUUUUUUUUUUUCUAUGGGUGUGAUUUUCAUUUGUAAUACACUAAUAGCAUCGUAUGUUCUGAGGUUUUUUUUUUUUUAUGUGUGAUCUUCAUUUGAAAUAUAUCGAUAGUAUGU